AUGGAGGCCGUGGAGCAGUUUGGCGGUUGUCCCCGGAUCGUCCGGACAGAUCUAGGAACGGAGAAUGUGGUUGUCCGAGACAUCCAGACCUACCUUCGCUGCAGUGAUGUUAACAGUAGAUCUGGUGAACAAAGCUACAUCGCAGGAGUAAGUACUUCAAAUCAAAGGAUUGAAAGUUGGUGGGGGAUGCUGCGCAAAGAAGGAAUGGAGUGCUGGAUACAGCUUCUGUGCAAAAUGAAAGAUGAGGGCCUGUUUGUUGGGGACUACCUGGACAAAUCACUUGUGCAGCUGUGCUUUCGGAACAUUAUUCAUAACAGAACAGAGCGGGGUCGGGAGGCAGUGCGGGAGAAAGUGGGGGACAUCCUGCUGCUGGAACAUGCCAUCACCCAUGGUGACAACCUCAACAAGCUGGCCCUUCAGUAUGGCUGCAAGGUAGCAGAUCUAAAGUGUGUCAACAACCUGAUGCAAGAGCAGGACUUGUACGCACUGAAAUCCGUCAAAAUUCCUGUGAAGAAGCACAGCCUUCUGACAGAGGCCCCAUCCUUAAUCGCACCCGCAACUCCGCCCCGGAGCCUCGCACCAUGCCCAGAGGGCUACGCUGACUUCCUGAAAGAAAUCGACCACAUCGAGAGGCUGGCCAAGGGCAGAGGCGUCCAGCAAGGGCUGCUCUCUGACACUCCUGAGGGACCUCUGCGAACAGGGACGGGGCAGGCCACACCCAAUCACAGCGCAGACUGGGGCAUUCAGUGGUGGACCACUGUAGCACUCAUGCUCCUCGUUGAGGUUAUCUUGCCCUUGUUCUAUGUUGUUUACUACAGAACGCAAAAUGGCAGUGCAGAUACCCUGGGAGAUGGCAUGGGAAACAUCUCCCUCUCUACCUCAGAUGCCACACUAACUAACAUCAGUGCAUCUCCCAGGAAGAGAGUUUCUCAAAUACUGAACAGACCACUUGCGUAGCUCCCUGCGGAUGAAGACAUAUGACAGCAGAAAGGUUCUCUAUGGAAGCCACUUUUUUUAUUCUGUCAGAUGGAAGGCUUUGAUGUCAUCACAUGGGAACGUGCAAUGGUGAUUACAUCACAGAUGAGGUUUUGGUUGUUAUAUUUAAAUUUAAAUAUAUUUUAUAUAUUACAUUUAUAUAUCUAUGCCAGCUUCAUUUUCUGUAGCUUUUUUU